AUGGCCAGCCGCAGACAGCGGAGGAAGAUCGGCGAGAAGAAGAAGAGGAGAAAGGCCAGAGCGGCUACGAUAAAGAAGAAGAUUGUCAAGAAGCCGUCUGCGCCAGCGCCGCAAGUCUCAGACGAUGAGCGCCGCCGCAGUGAGAAGAGGACGUGCGGCGUCUGCGGAGUAGGCAGACUCCACGACAACGAUCACUUCUGCCCCUACAACUACAUCCACGGGCCUAUCCGCCUCAGCACCUGCGCGGAGCGGUGCCGUCCGGGGAGUCACCCGCUGUUGCUGGCCUCCUCCUGCUCUGAGACUGACCAGCUGCGGCGCCUCGUACGAGUGACCAACGUGCCGCUGAGCGCGAUACCCGGCAACCGCGAGCUCAACUGGCUCUUCAGGCGGUUCGGAGCGCUCGUCGGGUGCAAACUCACGAGGCUGAGUUUCGACGACCGCGUCGGCUUCGGUUGGGUCGCGUUCGAGAGCCGCGACAACGCGGAGGAGGCCGUCAACAAGCUCAACGGCCACCUCGUCGGCGACCGCAGGCUCCGAGUCGACUGGGCAUAUCCAUGCUGAGAUAUUAGAUAAACUAGUAGAACGACGUGCGUUGCUACGGGCUACAAUGCAUAUAAAUGAUUCAAAUAAAUAAUUAAGAUUGUCUCUAAGGUUGAACCACAUUUCUCCCUCUUGUCUGGACAUGUUUAGAAAUCAAACGGGUGUUCAACGCUCUUCCCAAAAUCAAGGGGGGCAAGGCAUGCCCCGCCCAUGACACCUCCCAAGCCAACAAGGCAGACCUGAUGUCUCCUGGGCCAUUGUCACGUUGUAACAUACAGUUGAAUGUCUUGCAUUACCAUCAAGCAAAAAUUUGAUGUUUGUUGUUGGGCAUGCAACUGGUACACCACCGUGUCCGUUAUUAACUCUUGAAGCAACCAACCAAUGCAUUUACCCUUCUAUCCUAACCAAAAAAUUGCAUGACUUGAUAAAAAAAA